CCACAGUUGUUAGAGCUUAGCUCAAGAAGGUUUUCUAGCUGAUGACUCAUCCUCUUUGAAGGAGUCCAGAUUUAGAGGUAUUUUAUGUUGUUUUAAGAUGCAUCGAGCCUACCAGCCAAUUUUGCCAUGUGGCAAUAAAUAUCUUCAGCAAAAGUGGGACAAAGCUACAUAUGAAGAACACAAGAAAAAGAUCCAGACAGCCAAACCUGUCAUAGACACCUCUACUCCUGCAACAUAUGGUCAUCUUCAUUUGAAGCUAAGAAAACUCAAGCUGGAUCAGGAACGUCUGUCAGUCAUUGAGCGAGACAAUCGUUUGCUGCUGGAGAAGAUGUCUUACAUCAUCAGGACUAGAGGAAGAAUUGAUAACAAAAAUGAAUAUAAGGCCAAAAGCUUAAACAGAGAAAAACGAGAGCGAGAAUUGCUAAGAGUAAGCCAAGAGAAUCAUGCAAUUCUGGAAAGGAUUAUGAAGUGUAAGCCUCAGUACAAGGUCCAGAAGUGGAAUGAAGACUGGCAAAAGGCUAAAAACUACAUGAACAGUAUUACAAGAUAUCCUCAAGGACUGUGCAAGUUACAAGAUCAAACGGAAAAAAAAAUUAAGAUAACACCAAAAAGAGAGAAACAGCAAGACAAUGAUCUGAAAGAUGGACGUCCAACAGACAAACCAGAAGAGAAGAACUAA